GUUUCCUUCUGCAACGACGCGCGGGCUCACAUUUCUCGUCGCGGCCGAAUUUGAAAAUAAAAAGACAACACCUCACUGCUACCCAAUCUGAAUACCGGCAAUAUGAAGCCCAUCACGUUUGCCGACGCAACCCCAGCGAGGCUGAAAGACACCCUUCUCCUGUUCAACCUCAAGUCUGCCGCAGUGCACUACCUCUACGAACUCCUCUCUCGCAACGGAAGCGGCUGUAUCCGCAGCGCUGGCGGCAUCGCGCUGCCAAAUGAGCUUUGGUUCAAGGUGCUCGAACUGUUGGCACAUGACGCGUCCCGUCCGCACCAGCCCUUCUGCUUCGUCAAAGCGUCACUUGUGCCGUCGGGCUCGUUUGGCGGGGCCGAAAAGAUACUCCGCUGCGUGCGACACGACUUUGACCUGGCGCCCGGGCAGCGGCUCGCCGGCAACCUGCAGAACCGCAGAACGGAAGAGUUGCUCUUGGGCAUGACUCUGAAGGAGCACGAGACAUGGUUUCCCAUGUACUACAAUCGGCCCUGCGUCAUGAUCCCGAAUCUCAUCGAGCGUUCCGGCCCAAAUAAUAUCUUCUACGUAUCUUUGCGCGCCGGCACUAGUCUGGGGCCAGAUCUAUCGCGGACUAUGGUGGUUCUCCAUCGCCGGCUCUUUACAAACUCGAACAGUGUGCCACCGUCGGAUUUUAAGAGACAAGGUACGCUUCUGAAGCGUCGACUGAAGGAGCUCGGCUACGGCUCUGGUUGAUUAUGCAUAUAUACGGCGCGAGGCCUCGAAUGUGUAUGGGAACCAGACUUCAAAUGUUUGAUGACCCAUGAUGAAUCUACGAGUUCUGAUCACUCCCUUCAAUUUAGGUUCAGU